CUAGAGACUUUGCUUCAAUCAUCCCUUUUCCCUCCAGCACCAUCCAAAGAGAACCCCAGAAUUUUGCUUCAGUUUCCGCCAUGGUGACAUUCGAAGGAUACUCGGCCGAACUCCACUACAACACACUCCAAGACCUUUCAGCAGCAUACGAUGAGUUCACUGUGCAACAAGUACAGAAAGCAAUAGACUCAAAGAUCGGAAACCUCUUUGUCAAACAUGGUGUUCAGUCCGCUCUGGGACUGACGCUCCUUCACAGGCACUUUCCUAUCAGCCAAAGCGAGAAAAUGGUCAACUACGGCGCCGUCGCCUGCCCGUGGGACACAAGCACCAUGUCCGCAGAGGUUGCUCGCAACAUCCAUUCGUCCUUUUGGCGAUUUACCCAACCUACUGUAAUGGCCCCGUACGAGUUCGAGUACAUCAUGGGAGCUUCAUACGAGAAUAAGCUUGAAGAGGAGAGAUUCCAGGUCUUCCUAGGAGAAUUUGGAGCAUUCCUCGAGGAUCACAACUUGAUUCGCCUCCUCGGAGUCCAGAUGCUCGACGCAAUUGGGGAGGAGCCUGGUCUCGAAUUCACUGCGGACAGAGCUAAUAUUACUCUGCCUCUUAAGGUUUCUGGUCUUGAUGCAGACGAUGCCAUCGAAGCACUUUGGGUCUUUGAUCAAAGCCUUAAGGGUGGUUCCAUCGAAACCACCGCGUAUAAGACCUGCCGCAAGAAGUGUGUCAAGAAGAAGACUGGUCACAGAAAGGUUCACACCUGAGUUGCAUGGGUUAUGGUAGUUAUUUGCAUGUUCUUGAUGGACAGUGGUUGUCAAGAAGAGAGGAAGUUUCAUGUGAUCCUGGAUUUUCAUGCUCCUCUAUGUCUGUUCAUCGAAUUCAUGUAAUUUACCUCUUACCUUAAACACCAGAUUUUGGAAUGAUGAACAUGACUUCUGUCACGAGAAUGCAAUAGAAAGCACCCAAGUUCAAGAUACUUUCCAUGUGUCGGAAAAACUACCAUCAUUUGGUUACUCUAAAGCAAAAUUCCUGUUUCGCGUGGCGAAGUAGCACAUCUUUCGCAGCUGGCAAGUUCCGGAUCGUUGCCAGUGUCAAGUGCUAGUUGAUUAUUCGGCUAUGCAGGCGCCUCUCAAG